UAAAUAAUAUAUUUGCAUUUGAAUGUUCAUGGACCAUGGCUCCUUUUCUCUUCUUGUCUCUCCUUCUCUUCAUCUCCUCCGCCUCCGCCAAUGUUACAGCCCCGGUCCCGCCACCUAAGGCCGCCGCCAAUGCUACAGCGCCAGUCCCACCACCUCAGAGCGCCGCCAAUGUUACACUCCCACCCGGGCCACCUGCGAUCACCGCAGCAUGCAAAGCCACCCAGUACCCCGAUGUAUGCAUUUCAUCGUUAACAAAUUCCAGUACCCCUCCAACUGCAACUCCCUUGCAAAUAAUCCUGUCCUCCAUUAAUGUUUCCGUCACCAAUGUCAAACCUGCCCAAGCAAUGAUCCAGUCUAUUAUAGACGCCGCCGCAGGGAAUGUUACCCGCACACUCACUGCUGGAAGCUGUUCCCGAGCGCUCGAUAAUUCCACGUACCGUAUGCUAUCAGUAACCAACAAUCUUCUGCCGCGUGGGAAAAUCAAAGACGCCAGAGCGUGGUUGAGUGCGGCGUUGAUUAAUCAGCAGGGUUGCGUGGGCGGUUUCAAGAAAAUCAACGAUACGGUGGAAGUUGGUAAAACGAUGACCUUUUUGGACCAUCUUGUAUCGUUAACUAGUAACGCAUUAAGCAUGGUUUUGUCUUACGAUGUAUACGGAAAUGAUACCAAGCUAUGGGUGCCUCCUAGGACCGAGCGUGAUGGGUUCUGGGAACCGUUUGCGUCGGGUUCGGGUGGUGAUUUGAACUUGGUAAAUGUGUUUCCGCCAAAGGAAAAGGCGAAUGUGACGGUAUGCAAGGACGGAAGCAACGGGUGCUAUAAAACAGUGCAGGAGGGCGUCAAUGCAGCGCCGAAUAAUAUAUGGGGACAAAAGUUUGUGGUGUACAUAAAAGAAGGGAUAUACGAUGAAAUCGUGAGAGUUCCGUUAGAGAAAACAAAUGUUGUAUUUUUAGGAGACGGAAUGGGAAAAACCGUCAUUACAGGUGCAUUGAAAGUUGGUCCACCCGGCGUUACUACUUUUGCAACGGCUACAGUUGGAGUAAUGGGUGAUGGAUUCAUGGCUAGUGGUAUCACAUUCCAGAACUCAGCAGGAGUCCCUACAACACAAGCAGUGGCCUUUAGAUCAGACAGUGAUUUCUCAUUCGUUGAGAAUUGUGAAUUCAUAGGCCACCAAGACACUUUAUACGUGCAUUCACUCCGCCAGUACUACAAAUCAUGCCGCAUCCUGGGCAACGUGGAUUUCAUUUUUGGAAAUGGUGCAGCAGUGUUUGAGGAUUGCGAGUUAUUAGUCAAUCCCAGGCAAGAAACGCCAGAACUUGGUGAAAGCAAUGCUGUCACAGCACAAAGCAGAACAGACCCUGCACAAUCGACAGGUUUCGUCUUUCAGAACUGUUCGAUCAAUGGCACUGAAGAAUAUAUGAAACUUUACAAUGCUAAUCCUAAGAAACAUAAGAAUUACUUGGGAAGGCCAUGGCAGGAGUAUUCGAGAGUCGUUUUCAUAAAUUGUAACUUCGGAGCUCUUAUCCAUCCCGAAGGGUGGAUGCCUUGGAAGGACGACCUCGGACUUAACACACUAUAUUACGGGGAGUUUGGAAAUUCCGGACCGGGAUCUGAUGUGUCUCAGAGAGUAACAUGGAGUAGCCGCAUUCCUUCGGAGAAUGUAAACAAAUAUUCAUUGCAGAAUUUCGUUCAAGGAAUGAAUGGAUUCCAACCCCCUAUUGCAUUUCAAGACACAGUUCCCCCUGCCUUGAAGUCUAGUAUUCCAAAUUUGGAUAAAUUUUAAUUUAUUUUCAAUUUAGUGCCUUUUCCAUAAAUAAUUUUAAACUUAUCAAAAACCAUUUAGGUGGUUUUCUCCUUUUCUCUCUCAUAUAAAAUGUGAGUUUUUCAAAACUCAUCAUUUUACUUUUUUGAUUAUUUUAUUUUUUUGGUUAAGUUACGAUGUAAUACUUAUUGAUUUUUUGAUGUAAUACUUAUUGUUUAUCAUUUAUUUAAUAAAAUAUUUAAUUAU